CGUGCGUCUUCUUCAGCUGUCUGAUCCUUAACCUCUCUUAAUUAUAUUUUUCCGCCGCUCUGAUUGCUAAAACCACCGACGACGACGGCGACUCUAAACAUACCGAUCUGUAACGCCGGAAUCUUUCGCCACCGGAAUAGUACAACUCUUCGAAACUCCUUACACUUAAAACCCCUUUAUAAAAAUGGCGUACAUAUCGUCUCGAUCAAUUCUCGUGAAGCGAAGCGUCUCAACACUAGCUCACCUCUCUCAGAGAUUUAAACAAACAGAAAGCGAGAUUGUUCAGAUGUUCAUUCUUCCAAACCCAGAGUACUCAGAGAAUCCUCAAGAGAAGUGGAAACUCUCUAGAAAAGACCCAUCAGUGCGGAUGCUAGACGAGAGAUUCAUAAGAAUCCUCAAAAUCUUCAAAUGGGGACCCGACGCCGAGAAAGCCUUAGAGGUCCUCAAACUCAAAGUGGACCACCGUCUAGUCCGUUCAGUCCUCGAGAUAGACGUCGAGAUCAACGUCAAGACCCAGUUCUUCAAAUGGGCUGGUAAAAGAAGAAACUUUCAGCACGAUUCCUCCACUUACAUGGCAUUGAUACGCUGCCUCGAAGAAGCUAGGCUUUACGGUGAGAUGUACAGAACGAUACAAGAAGUGGUUCGUAACGUGUACGUUAGCGUCAGCCCUGGGAUUCUCUCGGAGCUUGUGAAGGCCUUAGGGAGAGCUAAGAUGGUUAGCAAGGCUUUGUCAGUGUUUUAUCAGGCGAAAGGACGCAAGUGCAAACCUAAUUCGAGCACUUACAACUCGGUGAUUACGAUGCUGGUCCAAGAAGGACAGCACGAGAGAGUUCAUGAGGUUUAUAGUGAGAUGUGUAACGAAGGUGAUUGUUAUCCAGAUACGGUUACUUACUCUGCGGUUAUAUCUUCCUAUGAUAAGUUAGGUCGUAAUGAUUCUGCUAUAAGGUUGUUUGAUGAGAUGAGGGAGAACGGUUUGGAGCCAACGGAGAAGAUAUACACUACUCUGCUGGGGGUGUACUUUAAGGUUGGUGAAGUUGAGAAAGCUUUGGAUCUUUUCGAGGAGAUGAAACGAGCAGGUUGCUUGCCUAGUGUUUAUACAUACACGGAGCUUGUAAAGGGGCUUGGUAAAGCAGGGAGAGUGGAAGAAGCAUAUGGUUUGUAUAAGAACAUGGUUAGAGACGGAUUGAGUCCUGAUGUUGUGUUUUUAAACAAUCUGAUGAACAUUUUAGGCAAAGUGGGUAGAGUGGAGGAGUUGACGAAUGUCUUCAAUGAGAUGGGGAGGUGGAGAUGUACUCCCACUGUUGUUUCGUACAACACUGUUAUUAAGUCUCUGUUUGAGUCUAAAGCUCCGGUUGCAGAAGUGAGUUCUUGGUUUGAUAAGAUGAAGGCGGAAGGUGUUUCCCCUAGCGAGUUCACUUACUCCAUCCUUAUAGAUGGUUAUUGUAAGACAAAUAGAGUGGAGAAAGCUCUGUUGCUGCUUGAGGAGAUGGACGAGAGAGGCUUUCCGCCUUGCCCUGCGGCGUACUGCAGCCUUAUUAACGCUCUUGGGAAGGCGAAAAGAUACGAAGCUGCCAACGAGCUGUUUAAGGAGCUAAAGGAGAAUUAUGGGAAUGUGAGUUCUAGAGUGUAUGCAGUGAUGAUCAAACAUUUUGGGAAAUGCGGGAAGCUAAGUGAAGCGGUGGAUCUGUUCAAUGAGAUGAAGAACCAAGGGAGUGGUCCUGAUGUGUAUGCUUACAACGCGCUUAUGUCGGGAAUGGUUAAGGCUGGUAUGAUAAAUGAAGCUCAUUCGUUGCUUAGGAAGAUGGAAGAGAACGGUUGCAGCGCUGAUGUGAAUUCGCAUAACAUUAUACUCAAUGGAUUUGCUAGAACGGGUGAUCCGAAACGAGCUAUAGAAAUGUUUGAAGCUAUGAAGCGUUCUGGUGUUGUGAAGCCUGAUGGUGUUACUUAUAAUACACUUCUGGGAUGUUUUGCACAUGCCGGAAUGUUUGAGGAGGCUGCAAGAAUGAUGGGUGAGAUGAAAGAUAAAGGCUUUGUGUAUGAUGCAAUCACUUACUCAUCAAUACUUGACGCUGUGGGCAAUGUGGAUCA